UAAGGACAAAACCUUUGAACUUUGAAGACUGGCAAGGGACGUCUAAGAGCUUCCGGUUUUAUUAUAGUGGCAGUUUAACAUGUCAUGCUGGGUUAGUUUGCUACCUCGUAUUUCAUUUUCUUAUUGUCAACAAUUUUUUUCUUGAUUUUCAGUGUUUGCUUGAAUUAUAGUAAAGUAUAUAGACACAACCAUUUGACAAAUAUUUAUGCUUCAGUAGCUAGCUUGCGAUUGAACAGUCUGUGAUUGCCCGAUUUUUGUUUUGUAUCUUGCAUAAAUUGUAUCUGCACACUUGCCUGCGCUGUCUGCAAACUCUAUCCUUCACGGACACCCGAAAAUCUAACCCUAACGCUUUGUAAUAAUGUUUCAAGGCUGAAGAUGGGUGGCAGUGGAUCCAAGAGGGGUUAUUGGCCUUUUGCCGGUUCAGGUACCGGCUCCGAUGCGACCAAAGAUAGAAAUGCACAGUCUCUGGCUCGGCCCCGAGAUUUCCGAAAUGCGACACCGUUCGUGUUUACGAGGAGGAGCUCUUUGUGCUACGAUGAGGACGGAGACUUGGCCCACGAGUUUUACGAGGAGACCAUAGUGAUGAAAAACGGACGCAAAAGGGCCAAAUUAAAGAAAAUUGAGAAGAAUCUAAUACCACAGGGCAUCGUAAAGCUGGAGAUCCCUUGCAUCCACGUAGAUUUCCCUGUCGUCCUCUGCGAGAUCUGACAGAGCCCAGGGCAUUCCAGGACGCUGUGUCGAGCUUGCCCUCACCAUCCACCCUCCCACCCUCACCAUGGGCCCCCCUCCGUCUGUGUGCGACCUUCCAAUACCCCCCUCUGUGAGCUGGAGUCCACACAGCUGGCCUGAUCCAGGUGCUGUGGUCCCAUCAGGGAUGGCAGCGGACCAGAGGAAUCUCAACAGAAGAGAGUGUAGCUUCACAGGGUGGUUUGGAAGUGUCACUGGCCUAGAAAACCACCUCUCUGUGAACCAUCUACAAUGCAAUCCUCUCUGCGGUGUGGCAGGCAAUGUCUGCUUCAGAGUCAGAGUGGAUCAUGGGAGGAUAAAAGGAUUAAUGUGGACGACCUAUAUAUAUAUAUAUAUAUAUAUAU